AUGUGGAGAACUCUAAGACAAGGUUAGUGUUUUCUGUAUUUAACAAUCAAUGUACCUUUUUAACCUUGUAUAUGUAAGCAAGCCGUCUAGUAGGAUCCCAUCGAUUGCUACCAUGAUGGGCUCAACCUCGACAAUGUUGUUCGGCGUUUUGACUGUUAGUUUAAAUUUUUCUAGUUUUCAAGAAUCCUGGAAAUGCUCCACGUCGUCUUGGGCAGAUUCAAGCUGCUGAGAAGAACGAGGACGUGAAAAAUCUCUCAACUGAAGAGCAAAAAGACAGAGCUCGUCCGCUAAUUCAACCAAACAGAAAAGUCUUCCUAGCUGCUGAAGCCGAGGGAAGUAGUCGAUUCUAUGACGAUGCAUUUAACACAGGCUUUGAAAUUGUGCAGUGCAUAACUCGAGGUUUUUUGAAGGAAGAAAGAACCCGUGCACUUAAAUUCUCUACUUACUUUGCCAGUGGGAAACAAGAAUCCUCGGAUCCAUACAGUGGAGAAAUAGGAUCGGUACGUGAAAGUGAAACUGCUUAGUCAUGUAAGCUAAUAUUGUAGAUUACUAGAAACAAAGUUUGCGAAAGGAAGUGGAAAAUGCUUGUCGUCUAGGUAUGUGGUUUUCAAAACGGGGAUUUUAGAAUGGACCUGUAUGAGAAACGUAUCAAAACAGAUCAAAAAGCAUGUUUGGAAAGCAGCAUGCAAUUGCGUCAGCUUUGUUUCGUCUGAGUGAACCUCUAUAUUGUCUUUGUGGCUGUGGGGUCAGAAGGUGUGGGUGGUUGUUAGCAAACAGAGAAGGCUCGUCUUUUAUAUAUUGGGAUGCGUUUCUCGAUAGUCUGCAUAGCUAUUUAAACAAAUUAGACAGCCUUAUUACAGGCUAAAUGUUUUGAUCAGCACUGAUCAAGAAUGUAACUACAGAAUAGACCUUGUCACGGUUUUCGAUGCCAUCUUGACGAGUAGGCAAACGUGUGAGAAAUUACAGUGUUUGUAUGAGAAUCUAAUGUCGAAUAAUUUCCGUAAAACGGCUGUUCUGAAAAAAAUAUCAGUUGUAAACUAAAGCUACAAAACAAAAGAUUGUCCUAAAAAAUUUGGGGGGCGUACCUGUGCUUAAAUUUCUCCAGAGGCUUGCUUUAGAUUUUCCAUAUAUUUGUCUGUAAUUUUCCCGAGACUUCCUUCCAGACAAAUGUAUGGAAAAUUUUAAAAAGUGGUUCUAGGUUUUCUAGUGCAUGUAUUACCUCAAAUUUUUUCAGAACAGCCUUUCUAUGGAAAUUAUUUGACAUUAGAUUUUCAUACAAUCACUGUAAUUUCUCACGCGUUUGCCUACUCGUCAAGAUGGCGUCGAAAAACCGUGACAAGGUCUAUGGGAUAUAUGGGUUUGUGAUAGGUUGAAUAAUGAAUACUCCGCUGAGGGAUGUGGCUUUUAUGCCUUUUUGGUCUGAAACUGGGUGUAGAUUUUACUUCCUGUGGUCUGAAAAUUGGUAAGUACCCUCUGCUAUGGAACCAGAAUGUAGAGUCCUAAAGUUUCUUUUGAAACAGAGUCUAGUACCCUGCAAUUAAGCACUCCAUUUGUGGGGAUAUCAUGAGAUGUCAUGUGCGAGUAGCAUUCCAAAGGAGAUGGGAAACCCCUUAUUCUUCCACCACUCGCAGGCCUCUUUUCACUCUAUAAAUAAGGCCUUCUGACAGGAUUUAUUUUACUCACUCCUAGUAGUGGGAGCUCCUUCACCAACUCAGUUACAGGAAGCAUACUGCCCACCCCCACCCAAAUUUUCUAGAAGUACCUCUUGCCUGAGGCUACAGUAUGUGCUUUGUAUGAAUUUUCAAGCAAGCAGUUUUUUGUCAUAAAGGGUUUGUGGUACAAUAGCCACCAAUUUUGUUGAUCAGAACAUUUUGACCAAGUACUGCAGAUCUUCAUCAAGCGAUGGCAUCAAUUUACAUAUGGAAACUGUAAGUAUGGCUGUGGUUGCUAGCGAUAGCAUCCACAGUGGUUCUUUGAGUCCCGCUCAGUAAGCAAAAACCAUUGCCAGAUGAAGACCUGCAGUACGCUGUAGAAACCUCGCAAUCAACAAUUAAGAGACCAUUGUGGGAUGCACAAUUAUUAAAAAAGAUGAAUUAUUUUCAAUUUACUGUUGUUUUGUUUUCUAUAGUGGUGCAGUGGAGUAUUAGCACUGUCAAGUCUUCUUGCUUGUCGCAAGGCUUUUACAGAUGAAAAGUCUCCAUGGCACAUCAAUGUCAAGAGUAUCCCAGCUCAGGUGUUGUCAAGAUUAUUGACAACCAGGCCCUAUGCAUCUCUAGGAAUACUUCCUGUGACAGAGAGCAUACCAACUCACAAGGGAAAUGCCAAACCCACAGACCCAUUGGAUGAGGCUAUUGCAACUUUCCAAUCCAGCUUCAGUGAAUGUACCGCAGCUACACAGAACAAGCUGGGCAUCAAAUUUGCUUCGUUAAGGCAACAUCAAAAGGCAUUUCUAUUAUUUACACAAGCUAGUGAACGAGGCCAUCCUUUAGCACAGUUUAACCUUGGCUUGUGUUAUGAGAGUGGAAAGGGAGUAGACAGAGACUUGGCAAAGGCUGCAGACUGUUAUAAAACAUCAGCAGCUCAGGGCCAUGCUGGUGCCAUGUAUAAUCUGGCUUUGUUAUAUAUGGAUGGUCUUGGUGGCCUACCAAAGGAUCCUCAACUCUCCCUAGAACUUCUUGAAAAAGCAGCUGAAAAUGGUCUGUGCAAAGCACAAUCAUACUUGGGGUUAUACUAUUCUAAUGAGUCAUCCAGUCAUUGUGACUAUGAUAAAGCAGUGCCAUACUUUAAACUGGCUGCUGCUAAGAAAGACUCAUCUGCAGAGUAUAACCUUGGUAUAUGUUAUGAGCGUGGUCUUGGUACAGAAAGAGACUUGUCAAAAGCAGCAUACUUCUACAAAGUGGCAGCUGAGCAUGGCCACAUUGGUGCUCAGUAUAACCUGGGGGUGUUCUAUGAACAUGGUUUGGGUGGAUUUGCUGUUGACAAGAAAGAGGCUGCUCGCUAUUAUCGCAUGGCUGCAGAAGCAGGUGAUGAAGAUGCAAGGCACAACUACCUUCUCAUAAGAAAGCAGUUAGAGUCAAUGAAACAUGCCAGACAACCCAUACAGCCACAAAAUCUUGUGUUUUCUUUGUUCAAGAAAAUGACUCAGCCUGCAUCAGGAGGAAUAUCUGUUCAGGAUAGUUUACCUCGCUGUGCUUCCAGCCCUGGAAUUUUAGAUGACAUUCCACUGGAAAAUAGCACACAGAAUGUCUGCACAGCCUCAAACAAACAGUCUAACCCUUUGUUGGCAUUCUAA